AUGGACGACAUCACCAGGUCGCUUAUCCGCUUUGUCGUGCGUGCCUUCCAUUCCCGGCCAUGCAUUCUCGUCGCCGAUGCCGUCAUGCUACAUUCGGUUCUUUCGGAAGAUGACUUGAUCCAUCUUUUGGGCAUUCCUCGAAAAGAACUCAGAGCCUACUGCGCCAGGUUGGUAGAGGACAGACUUCUUCUGACGCACGUGCAGAAGGAAGAGAACUAUCAACAGAGACUAGCAAACAGAACAUACUACUACAUCCACAUCACCGAGGCCAUCGAUGCCAUCAAGUGGAAAGUGCACUCAAUAGUGUCCACCAUCAAGGAUGAGAUGUCCUCUUUUGGCAAUCCUCACGGGUACUUGUGCCCUAGAUGCGGAAGAAAGGUAUCUCAGCUUGAUGCGAUUUCAUUAUUGAGCGAUGAUAAGUCGUCGUUUAUUUGUGACCAGUGUUCGGGAGUAUUGGUCGAGGACGACUCCUCCCUCAAGGCCAGCGUCAAACAGGAAAGACUUGAGAAGCUCAUGAUCCAAAUAGACCCCAUCAUCAGCUACUUGAAGAAAAUCGACAACUCCAACAUUGAGGACAACAACUUUGAGAUUGCGCUCACCAAGGCCAUUCCAGCACAGUCCGGCUCUGCUGCUUUGUACAACUUGUCUGGCCGUGGGUCUGGUAAAAAGGGCCAGAUGUCGCAAUCCUUACAAAACGCCGCUUCCAAGGCCAACGCCACUUUGCAUGUUUCGAUUACCGCUUCCGACGAGAACUACGAAAGAGAGCAACAAGAAAAGGAGGAGAGAAGACAGAAGUUGGAGCAAAACGCCUUGCCCUCGUGGCACUCGGCAUCCACUGUUGGCCAGAAAGACUUGAAUGGCGAUGAAGAGGCCAAGACUGAGAUCAAGGAGGAGCCUGAGGUCAAGACAGAAAACGGUGCUGGUUCUGCCUCUCCACCUGUUGAGGCUGCUGCUAAGAAAGAGAAGGACGCACAGGAUGUGCUUGCAGCAUACUAUGCUGACUUGGCUGAAAGAGAGGCCGAAGAGGAUGAGGAAGAUGAGGACGACGAUGAGUUUGACUUUGAGGAUGUGUGA